AUGCGAAGAGGACUCGGCCGGAUGUUCAGGCCUAGCUCCAUGACCCGCCCGCGCCGGGGCAAUGAGUACGUGGCGCCCAACAGUGCUGGAAACCUGGCGGCUUCCCCCGCGCUGAGCGGUGUCACGUCUGAGAAGUGUUGCGGGAAGUCACUGGAGAUUUCUCUCCGGCCGAGCGCUUCUGCGAUGUUUCGCGCGUGCUCAAAGUACAUCCCUGCCGCGGAGCUCGUGCAGAUGCGGCCCAUUCCAGAGCGCGGCUUUGGUUCGGUCAGCCACUACACGCAGCAUCAGGAAGAAGCGCAGAGGGCGCGCCACGACUACUUCCCCUACCGGGAUGAGUUUCACCCGAGGUCCAAGAGGCUCUUGCAUGAGAUGGCCCUGAACGCCUACAGCCAAUCCUUGGAGAGGUCCGGAAGCGUGGCCUCCGACGACACGCGCUCCGUCUUCACGCUGCCCAGCACGGCGGCGAGCCGAAAGACUGGAUCGAAAGCCUCCAGCGCCAAUCAGUCGCUGAGAUCGCGGUCGCUCUCAAGCUCGCGGCUUCAUACAGGAGACUCCCUCCGUGUCGGGGGUGGACAGCCUGGAAUGCUGGCCAAGCGCCGAGCACAGGCGUUCUACAGGUCGCCCAGCCAGUCCAAAUUUGACCGCGACUGGUACCUCAGCGUCUUGGAGAAGGAAGGUGCUUGA